CUCAUUCUUCCAAGUUUCCAAUCCCAAAGGAAGAACCUUUGAACAAAGAACGCAUACCGGUAGUGGUAGACUUGCUUGAUUUGAAGCUCAAUAUUCAAAUAUGGAGACCAGUGUUGCAUGCUAUGCCAGGGGAGCCUUCCCAGUGCGGGAUAAUGUUUCAUCUCAGCAUUCAAGCUCUCUUUUCUCUCCUGCUUCCAUCUCUCCAUCCUUCAAUUCCAAGGUGUUGAGAACAAGCUCUCUAUUUGGGGAAUCAUUGCGGUUGGUGCCAAAGUCAUCCCUAAAAGUUUUGAAGACAAAGAACAAUUCAAUUGUUCCCAAAUGUGCAAUUGGUGAUAGCUUGGAAGAAUUCUUAACAAAGGCAACCCCAGAUAAGAAAUUGAUCACGUUGUUGAUAUCAAUGGGGGAAGCAUUGAGGACCAUUGGAUUUAAAGUGAGGACAGCAUCUUGUGGAGGAACAGCAUGUGUGAAUUCUUUUGGAGAUGAGCAGCUUGCUGUGGAUAUGCUUGCUGAUAAGCUUCUUUUUGAGGCCUUAACUUACUCACAUGUCUGCAAAUAUGCUUGUUCUGAAGAAGUUCCUGAGCUCCAAGACAUGGGAGGCCCAGCUGAAGGUGGAUUCAGUGUUGCUUUUGAUCCAUUGGAUGGAUCCAGCAUCGUUGACACGAACUUCACAGUGGGGACAAUUUUCGGGGUGUGGCCAGGAGAUAAGUUAACUGGGAUAACAGGAAGAGAUCAAGUUGCUGCAGCCAUGGGAAUUUAUGGGCCUCGAACGACAUAUGUUCUUGCUAUUAAAGGCUUCCCCGGCACCCACGAGUUCCUUCUUCUCGAUGAAGGAAAAUGGCAACAUGUGAAAGAGACCACAGAAAUUGGUGAAGGAAAGCUCUUCUCUCCUGGAAACCUGAGAGCUACGUUUGACAACCCUGACUACAGCAAGUUGAUUGACUACUAUGUGAAAGAGAAGUACACAUUGAGAUAUACCGGAGGAAUGGUUCCGGAUGUUAACCAGAUUAUUGUAAAGGAGAAGGGUGUCUUCACUAAUGUGAUAUCCCCAACCACCAAGGCUAAGCUAAGACUGUUGUUUGAGGUUGCUCCAUUAGGGUUGUUGGUUGAGAAUGCUGGAGGGUUCAGCAGUGACGGGCACCAGUCUGUGCUCGAUAAGGUAAUCGUUAACCUUGAUGAUCGGACUCAGGUUGCUUAUGGAUCCAAGAACGAGAUUAUCCGUUUCGAAGAAACUCUGUAUGGAUCCUCCAGGCUCAAGGGAGCAGUGCCUGUUGGAGCUGCUGCUUAGUGACAAACUUUCACAUUGUUCAUUAUUUCAACUUUUGUUUUUUAUGUUCUUUUUUGUUGGGAAAAAAAUGAAGCUAUAUAUAUCUCAACUAGUAAUUGUAAAAUUAGAGACACCAGGUUGAAUUUGUAUUGAGAAGUAAGAUGAUACAUUUUUCUUCACCCUUUGAGUGAAUGCUAAAAGAAAUACAACUCUAAAGAAAAA